GUUGGAUCUGGGAGUCAGGAGUCCUGGAUUCCUUAAGUGGGUAGAAAUUCCUAGGAGAUCAAGAAAGAGCCACAAACCUUGGGGUCGCCUGCGCUGGGUCUGUCUCUCUCCUCACAACACUGGAGCUGAGGGGGGCUGUUCCUGUGUGUCUCGUUCCUUCUGUGGCUCUAAUUUCUCUCCCUAUAGGUGAUCAUCCCCUGGGCUGAUCUCAUCCCCCCUUGGACAUGUCCUGCACCCCUGUACAGAUGGUGCUGCAGGGGGUCCAUUGCUGAUGCCAGGCGAUCCCCAGGGAGAUACGGCUGUGAUCCAGCUCAGAGACAGGCCAUGGCUGCCCAGGUGGCUCCCCUAGCCGCUCUCAGGCCCCAGUUCCAGCCCCCACCAGGAUGUGGCCUGGUUCCCAAAGAGGAAGUGGAGGAGCCAGAUGCACAUGGACCCGUCGACAUGGAGAUGCAUCGUCUGCGCUUCAGGAGGUUCUGUUACCAGGAGGCUGAGGGGCCCCGGGAGGCAUAUGGCCACCUCUGCCUCCUCUCCCGGGCGUGGCUGAGGCCAGAGCAGCGCUCCAAGGAGCAGAUGCUAGACCUGUUGGUGCUGGAGCAGUUCCUGAGCAUCCUGCCCCAGGAGAUCCAGAGCUGGGUGGGGGAGUGUCACCCCCAGACCGGGGAGCAGGCCAUGGCGCUGGCAGAGGGUUUCCAGUUAGCCAAGCAAAAGCCCAGAAUAUGGCCACAGCAGGAGGAGCCAGUGACGUGGGAGAAGGAGGCUGCGUGUUCGUCCGGGGCAGAGCGGGCAGCGCUGUCCUCAGAACAUGGCAAGAUCUGCAGGGAGAUUAAGGAGGAGGAGGAAGAGACUCUGAUCUCGCCGGCAGGUGCCAGUGCAGAGGAGGGGAAUCCCCAGCAGGAGGGGUCUGUGGAAGCGAAGACACAUGGGACGUCCCGGAGCGCCAAGCAGGGAGAUGCUGGUGGAGCGGGACAGCAGCAGGGAAACCCCCUGGGUAAUGGACUGAACUCAUCCACUGAGCAUGAAAUGAAUUUCUCUGGCCUCGAGACUCCAAUGGAGGGGAGACUCGAUCGGUCCGACUGCAGGGGCGAGAACCAAGGUGGGGCGUGCCGGCCACGGGGGGACCCCCCGGCUAAGACCCCCAAGGCCAGGCGCCCCAACGCCUGCGCCGUGUGUGGCAAGACCUUCAGCAACAGCUCCAACCUGAAGAAGCACCAGACCACCCACACCGGGGAGAAGCCCCACGGGUGCCCCCAGUGCGGCAAGCGCUUCAGCCACAGCUCCAACCUGCGCAAGCACGAGCGCACCCACACCGGCGAGCGCCCCUUCCGCUGCCCCGAGUGCGGCAAGAGCUUCCGCGAGAGCUCCAAGCUGCUCCGCCACCAGAACACCCACAGCCGCGAGCGCCCCUUCCGCUGCGCCGAGUGCGGCAAGGCCUUCGCCGACGUGGCCCGGUGUCUGCGGCACCAGGCGCGGCACACGGCGCGGGCCUACACCUGCGGGGAGUGUGGCAAGAGCUUCCGCCAGAGCUCCACCCUGCUGCUGCACCAGCGCGUCCACACCGGAGAGAAGCCCUUCACCUGCCCCGACUGUGGCAAGAGCUUCAGUGUCAACGCCAACCUGGCGCAGCACCGGCGCACCCACACCGGUGAGCGCCCCUUCCCCUGCGCCCAGUGUGGGAAGCGCUUCACCCAGAAAGCCACCCUGGUCAAGCAUCAGCGCACCCACCUGCGCGGCGAGGGAGCCGGCGAUGCCGCAGGGCCCAGGCUGGUACAGCACCUGCGGUUCCUCCCGGAGCAGGGCCCUUCACCUGGCCAGAUGUGGGUGAUGCUGCAGCUACAGCUGGGCGCCCGCUCGCCUGCGCCAGGGCCACAGUGGAGGACUGGGGACGUACCUAUGGGCUGGGCCCAAGAUUCGAUGGCGCAGCCGGGCAGCCCAUCCCAGGAUGAGAUGGAGCAAAAUACACCCCUGACAGCAGAGAACCAGUCGCCUGCUGAGCAUCCAGAGGAUCCCGAAGCACAGCAGGAAACGGCAGGUACCGGGACGGAGGAGGAAAUUCCCCUGUGGGAAGGACCUGGAGGAGCAGAGCCGCUUGGGCCAUCCCAGAGCCCCAAGGGCGGGAAGGCUGGUGAAUUGGGCCUGCAGAGGCGGGCGAAGCGGGAUGGUGAAGUGGCCCCGCCAGGCCGCUCCUCCCGCGAGGGGCCCAUCAUCUGCGGGGACUGCGGGAAGAGCUUCGCCAAGGACUCGGAGUUCGUCAAGCAUGAACGCACCCACACAGGGGAGCGACCCUACCAGUGCCCCGACUGCGGGAAGGGCUUCACCAACAGCUCCAACCUCCUGCGCCACCAGCGUAUCCACAGCGGCGCCAAGCCGUACCCAUGUGCUGAGUGCGGGAAGAGCUUCCGCCACAAGGAGCACCUAACCCGCCAUGGCCGCGUCCACGCCGCGGAGAAGCCCCACGUCUGCACCCACUGCGGGGAAGCCUACAGCAGCCGCACCAACCUGCUGCGGCACCAGAGCAGCCACACAGGGGAGCUGCCCUACAAGUGCCCCGAGUGUGGCCGGCGCUUCGGGGAGGCGGCGGCGCUGGCGGGCCACGCGGUGAUCCACAGCGGGAAGCCCCACAUCUGCCCUGAGUGCGGGAAGGGCUUCCGGCGCGGCUCGUCGCUGCGGGAGCACCAGCGGGUGCACACCGGGGAGCGGCCGUACGGCUGCCCGCAGUGUGGGAAGGGCUUCAGCCAGCGCUCCUCCCUAGUGCUGCACCGGUGCACCCACACCGGCGAGCGCCCCUACGUCUGCGGCGACUGCGGGCGCAGCUUCAGCGUGAGCUCUGCCCUCAUCACCCACCAGCGGCUGCACACCGGGGAGCGCCCUUUCCCGUGCCCGGAGUGCCAGAAGCGCUUCAGCGACCGCAAGGCCCUCAAGCGGCACCAGCGGGUUCACACCGGGGAGCGGCCCUACCGCUGCACUGACUGCGGCAAAGGCUUCAGCCAGAGCUCGGCGCUGGCCACCCACCAGCGCAUCCACACCGGGGAGACCCCGUACGGCUGCGGGGCCUGUGGCAAGCGCUUUGGAGACCUCUCAGCCCUCAAGCGGCACGAGCGCAUCCACACCGGGGAGCGGCCCUACCGCUGCGGCCAGUGCGGGAAAGCUUUCAAGCACAGCUCGGCCCUGGCCCAGCACGGCCGUACCCACACAGGAGAGAAACCCUACGUCUGCUCCCAGUGCGGGAAAGCCUUCUCCCAGGGCUCCACCCUCAUCCAGCACCAGCGGGUGCACACCGGCGAGCGCCCCUACCCUUGCCCCCAGUGCGGGCGAAGCUUCUCCCAGGGCUCUGCCCUCACCCAGCACCAGCGCACCCACACCAAGGAGAGCGACCCGCUGACAGGGCCUGGCGGGGCCCGGAUCUACCGGGACCCUUUCAUCCAGCCGCGGGAUGAGGACGACGAGGAGGAUGAGGUGGGGGAGGUGCUGGUGCUGCCUCCUGGGACAUGGGACGCGGAGCUGGACGUGCAGAUCAAAGAGGAGCCGGAGUGAUAGAGGCGGGUGGGAGCAGGGUGUUGCUGGCUGCCAUCUGCUGAUUCAGCGUGGCUGGAUUUGGGUGUCACGAGGAGUAGUCGUCUCUGCACCAGGAAUCCCCUCUGCACUGGAGCUGGGGGCAAAGAGCACGGGGUGGGGGCGUCUCCCCCUUCACCAUCCUCCACUCAGCAGGAAUUAUUAACGCUCAUAGGCCCAGCCUGUUCCAGGAGGACUGUCCUGUCACUAACUGGAUCUCGCCCUCUCUGUGCCUUGGUCUCUGCUCCUUCCCCUCUCCCGGGGCCAGCGAGGAGUGGGGGGCUGCUCCCCACGAGGCAAGAGAGAUGGAUGCUCCAAGGUGAAGGGCAACCCAUUUCCCGGUGCCAUUAGCCCCACCUGAGCUAGUCCCCAAGGGCUGAUGUGUAUGUCGCCAGACUCCCAGGUCUGUCUGUCGUGAUGGGCACAAGGACAUUUUUUAUCCAUUGUCUGUUUUCUACUUCUGUCUGAAAAUAAUAAACUCCCAGUAUCUCCCUCA